AUGAGGCUGCUGGGAGCCACCAUACUCCUCUCCCUGGUGGAUGUUCUCCAGGCCUACGCCAUUGAGAAGAAAGGGGACGUGUUCAAGAAGAUGGCGUGUCCCGCCUUCCUGAUAUUCGAGAAUGCUGCGUACAUGGCAGACAUGACCUUUGAGCUGCCCUGCAAGUGUAAGCCCGAGGAGACCUCCUCUGUUGUCUGGUACUUCCAGAAGAACCUGUACAGCCACGAAACCACAGUGCUAACAGACUUCAACGGCACCGUGAUUACGGACUCGAGCCACAUCCGCACGGGCAGCGACCUCCUGAAGCGCUUCAGCAUCCGCAUGUUCAGCCUGAUCGUGUUCCGAGCCCAGGUGAGGGACUCGGGCCAUUACCUGUGUGGCACCAAGGAGGGGCUCUUCUUCUAUGGCUACGACGUGGACGUGCAGCCCAGCAGGCAGAUCACCGUGGCUUUUCUGGAUAAUGAUGAGCAUGUCCAAGAGGACUACACAGAGGAGGAAUUCACGCUCUUCACCAUGUUCUGGGACUGGACCAGUUGUGACCGCUGUGGGGUACGGGGUGAGCAGCGGCGGAUCGGGCUCUGUUACGUGCAGAGCGCCCAGCUGAAGCCCCGGUACCGCACAGCACUGCCCAAUGUCACCUCCUGCGGCUCCAGGGCUGUGCCCGCACACUUCCCGCGCCUCUUCCGCCUCCGGAGCCCCGAGGUGGCCGUCCGGAGCUGCCUGGCCCCUUGCCCGGAGAAGGAAGGCCCCGAGGAGGGCGUGCAGUCCAUCUCCAACAUUGUUUACAAGGUGGGCAAGAAGCCCCAGCUGCCCCAUGUCCCCAUCCAGUACCACAAGCAGGACCCCAAAACCGACCUGGUCAUCACGUGCCCGGGAGCGCGGCCGGAGCACGCCGUGGCCUGGGACAAGGGCUCCGUCCGGCUCUACCGCACCCACUACCUUGUGGGGGUGAGGAAGCACAUGAGGCUCUUCAUCGACCACGGGAACCACCUGCACCUCCAGCAAGUGCGCAGGGGGGACAAAGCCACCUACUUCUGCUGGCGGGAGGGCGAGCUGGUGGCCGGCUUCCAUCUCACUGUCACCUACCAGCCACGGCGCCAGCGCAGCCCCACUGACCCCGAGUCAGUCUUCGUCAUGAGGGCUGUGGGAAUCAGCUUUGCUGUCAUCAUCGGCAUCUUCUUCCUCAUCCACAUGUCCCAGUACAGCUAUCUGCUGUUCAGGAAACCGGCCAAGUUAUAGCAGCUCCCCCACAGGACAUUCGGACACCUCAGGUCACCCUCACAUAGGAAAUUUCCAGUGUGAGAACCAUUUUCGU